CGAAGUUUGUUGUUUCGCCCGGCGUCACCGACGCCUGCGGCUCCGGGGAGACCAUGGCGGUGCGACAGGCGCUGGGCCGGGGCCUGCAGCUGGGCCGAGCGCUGCUACUGCGCUUCACGGCCAAGCCUGGCCCGACCUACGGCUGGGGGCGACCGGAGCGGCCGGGCCCCGCGGCGGGCUGGGGUCGCGGGGAGCGCCCGGGCCAGGCCGCGGGACCCGGCGCGGAGCCGCGCAGGCUCGGGCUCGGGCUCCCCGGCCGCUACCGCUUCUUCCGCCAGUCGGUGGCCGGGCUGGCGGCGCGGCUCCAGAGGCAGUUCGUGGGGCGGCCCCGGGGCGGCGCGGGCCCUUGCGGCCGGGCCGUCUUUCUGGCCUUCGGGCUGGGGCUGGGUCUCAUCGAGGAGAAGCAAGCGGAGGGCCGGCGGGCGGCCUCGGCCUGUGAUGAGAUCCAGGCAGUUUUCACCCAGAAAAACAAGCUGCUCCCUGACCCACUGGACGCUAGACGCUGGCAGGGUUUCCGGCUGGAGGAGUAUCUGAUCGGGAAGUCCAUUGGCAAGGGCUGCAGUGCCGCUGUCUACGAGGCCACCAUGCCUGUGUUGCCCCAGGACCAGCAGGUGGCAGGGAGCAUCGGGCUUCUUCCAGGGAGAGGCCCAGAGAUCGUUCCACGAGAAGAGGAGCAAGCCCCACUGGCCCCUGCCUUUCCCUUGGCCAUCAAGAUGAUGUGGAAUAUCUCGGCGGGCUCAUCCAGCGAAGCCAUCUUCAGCACAAUGAGCCGGGAGCUCGUCCCAGCCAGCCGAGUGGCCUUGGCCGGGGAGUAUGGAGCGGUCACUCACAGAAGAUCCAAGGGGGGUCCCAAGCAGCUGGCCGCACACCCCAACGUCAUCCGCGUCUUCCGCGCCUUCACAUCGUCUGUGCCACUGCUGCCAGGGGCCCUGCUCGACUACCCUGACGUGCUGCCCCCGCGCCUUCACCCCGAAGGCCUGGGCCACGGGCGGACACUCUUCCUUGUCAUGAAGAACUACUCCUGUACCCUGCGCCAGUACCUUCGUGGGCACAGCCCGAGCCCCCGCCUGGCCACCGUGAUGACUCUGCAGCUCCUGGAAGGGGUGGCUCACCUGGUGCAGCAGGGCGUCGCACACAGAGACCUGAAAUCCGACAACGUCCUCGUGGAGCUGGACGCAGACGGCUGCCCCUGGUUGGUGAUCACAGACUUCGGCUGCUGCCUGGCUGACGAGCGCGUCGGCCUGCGGUUGCCUUUCACCAGUUGGUGUGCGGACCGUGGUGGGAACGGCUGCCUGACGGCCCCCGAGGUGUCCACAGCCUGCCCUGGCCCCAGGGCAGUGAUCGACUACAGCAAGGCUGAUGCCUGGGCGGUGGGAGCGCUCGCCUACGAAAUCUUCGGGCUCCCCAAUCCCUUUUACGGUCAGGGCAGGGCCCACCUUGAAAGCCGCAGUUACCAAGAAGCUCAGCUGCCAGCGCUGCCCGAGUCGGUGCCUCUGGAGGCGAGACAGCUGGUGAGGUCACUGCUCCAGCGAGAUGCCAGCAAGAGGCCAUCUGCCCGAGUGGCUGCUAACGUGCUUCAUUUAAGCCUCUGGGGUGAACGUACUCUAGCCCUGAAGAACCUGAAACCAGACAGGAUGAUCGGCUGGCUCCUCCAGCAAUCAGCCGCCACCCUGCUGGCCAGCAGGCUUGCAGAGAAGAACUGUGUGGAAACAAAAAUGAAGAUGUUAUUUCUGGCCAACCUGGAGUAUGAAGCGCUGAGUCAGGCAGCCCUCCUCCUCUGCUCGUGGAGGGCGGCCCCGUGACAGCCGAUGUAGCUGGUGAAUUACUAAAAGGACUUCCAGUAUCUGUGUCGUGAUGGUCUGUGAAUGCUGAGGGAGGGGCUCCUAGGUGAGGGGUGGGGGAGUCGGUCAGGAGAAAAGAUGGUGCAGGGCAGGCCAGUCAGGCAGAGAGAAGGCCUCGGGUUUGGCAAGCGGAAGGAACAGCUUGAGUUCACAGUCUAGCUACUAACUCGCUCAAGCAGUGUGAUUCUUUAUGCAUCAUAUAACCUGUGUGGACUGAAGUUCUCUUACCUCUAAAAUGAAGAAACUGGUCUAGCUAGAGGUCGGCAAACUUUGUCUGUAGAGGGCCAGUACUCAGGCUGUUGCAGCUCCUCAGUUCCUCAACUCUGCCAUUGCAGCGCAAAGGCAGCCUUAAAUAUGUAAACAAGUCAGUGUGGCAGCUUCCGAAUAAAGCUUCAUUUAGGGACAUUGAGAUUUGGAUUUCACAUGUCACUAAAUAGUCUCAAUUGUUUUCAACCACUUAAACGUAAAAACUGUUCUUAGCUUGCAGGCCUACAAAAAACAGGCAGCAGGCCAGACUGACCCACAGGCCAAGUUUGCCAACCCCUCGUCUAGACGAAUUCAGAGGGCCUAACUAACUCUAAAAAGAAACCCUGGCUAAUCACUAGGCCCCUUUGUGUAUCAGCGCUAAAAAUGUGACUCUGCGUACAAAUCCAAAGGAAUGAGCCCACUGUACCAGGCGAGGGGCUACUCGGGUGUAAGCUGCUGACCAAAAAGUCCCACCUUAAGCUCGUGUCCUGUCUUCACAGACCUCUGAAAAGUCAGUGACCGAGCAGGUGAGGCCGAGCUGAGGCGGGUUAGACCUGCGUGCCACGUUAGUCUGCGUGUUACCUGCGCUGAGGCAAACGUUCGCACAGGUCAGGGUAUGCAGGUACCAGAGUGAAAAACGCUGAAGGCCGGCCCGAGAUGCGGGAGCCUCUGCACUUCAGUCACGCGUCCUGGAACAGCUCUGAGGGUGCUCUGGCGGAAGCGUCUCCACGGAGCUCGUCCAGCUACUGAAUUGAGUCUAGCAGAGCUAACAUGACUGAUGAAAUGGGAAUUAACAGGGCAGUGUUUUAAACUUGCUGAUUUUCCCCUUCUGACUAGCGUUUCUUACAGGAAUUGUGAAGAAUUAAAUGCAUAUUUACAACUGCAGAACAUGUAUGUGCCUGGAACUGAA